AUGUCUUCUGCAGGCGGUUCUUUCUUUCCGCGCAUAGAAUCUGUGUUCUACACCGUCUUUGACGUUCAUCAAGGUCCCAAAGUUGUCUACCAGGUCCCGGAAGGUCUCAUUUUGUCGGGUCCGAUAUCAUCCUCCUUCGCAAACACCGCCCUCCACACCCCGACCUCAGCCUCAUCCACUCUUUCACUCCCGGAUAGUCCAUCCUUACAGCGGUUAGACUCACGUCAAAUUCUCAGUCCACGGCUUCGUCCUGUCUCAGCUAAUCGAUGUCUGUUCAACUUCGACGAUAUCUCAAAAUAUGUCAUGCCCCCCAGCGCACUCUGUGGUAGAUUGGUCAUUUGUGCGACCAGAAAGUACCGCAUCAUUGGUUUUCCAAUGGAGCUGCGAGGAAAUUAUGAGCGCAACUACUUUCGGUAUAACCUGUGUUUUGUCUUCGACCGCAAUGCGGAUCUGAGUUGUUAUGAACCCGUUGUCCGCAAGGUUAGCCGGGUCCUCACCACGUGCGAGGAAGAGUCUGCCUUUCUUUCGUCACCUGAAAGUUCGCCGGCCAUUCAUGCCAUUCUAGAGCAAUUGUACGAGGACCUUAACUCAUAUUCGGAGACCUCUAUCGCCAUCGACAUGUUCAACUCUAUCGAGCUGAAGAUUUUUCCUUUCUAUCCAAACCCUCCCGUGGUCAAGGAUUGGAUGGUGCCCCUUGCCCUGAUAAAUCUUACUCGAAGGAUCGAGCCCAAUUGGGAUCUGACAAUGGUCAAGGUUUGCCAAUUUAUUGACGGCACUAACCAUGUCAGCCGCAUUGCGCGUCUAGCUGAGUGCGACGUUGGCCUAACUCGACAAGCAAUCUCACACUUACUGUACUACCAGGUAGUCAUGAUGAUUGAUAUUUUUCAGUACUCGAACAUGUACACGCUUCGCAAGAGCAUCCAGUGGCUCGUAGAUGAGUCUCAUGUAAAAGAAGAAUGCGGUCCAUACGCGACUAGACCUGGACAAGUCAUUGCCGAUUGGCCGAAACUUCUGCAUCUGUAUUCUCGCCUGAAGCCCGGCAAGACGAUCCGAGAGUGGAUGGAGGACCACGACGUACAGUCUCUUGGCAUCGACGUCCGUAGGUUCACCAGUUUUGGCGUGAUCAAGGGCUUUUUGCGGAGAGUCCAUCGUUGGCCUAUCCUCCUUUCGGCCGAGGCAGACGCUCAGCAGGGAGAGAAACGUGUGACUUCCAUUGGCAGGAAGCGAAGCAAGAGUUAUGCGCCGAUGUUUCAACCAAGGGCACCGGUAGCUCUUCCGGAACCUACCCCGAGGGGCAUCAGGGGGCGUCUUCAAGAUGUCUUCCCUACAGUCGCUGCAGUUGGCGCGGAAGCGAUGGCUGCACGGUGGGAGAGAGCCGGUAUCCAGCCAACCCGACGAGCUAGUGCAGCAGAGUCGUCUUUGGAGCAUCUACGAGACCGAGACAAUCCGGACAGUCAUAAGCACCCUGAUCAAACUCCACUCUUUCGGAUGCGCGCACAUAGCUCCAGUGUCCACUCGUUGGCGCCUCCUCUCGUGUCGUCUGCAUCAGCUGUCAAUGCGUCUAUCGACUCUCUUGGCGGUCGCGACCUUGGUGACGGGUACACGCGGCCUCGCCGCGUUUCGCAUUCUCCUUCAAGACCUGUCGUGCAUCAAGCAGGGCCGCCGUUUCCUCCUAAUCUAAUCCCUUUGCUUGAUGGUGAACACCACACCGACGAGCUGUGCACCCUCUUCGAAGUUGGUUGGCCCAUUCUAAAACAAUGGCUCAUCCUUGCGGGCGGGGGGAAGGGCAAUGGCGAUCUUGGACGGGUCUCCAUCAUAUAUCGCUAG